AUGGUCAAUAUAGCGGCGUGUGAUGUUCCAACAGCGAUUAUCACUGUAUUAACGUUGUCCAUCUGCGCUGAUAUGAGAUCAGAGGAGGACGAGUACAAGGACGACCACGAUCAUGAAGCAGAAUAUGGCGACGAUCCAGUGGAUUCACAAAGCACAAACGUUUCCAAGGAGGACAAGGAGGAUAACAGAAAGCGUACGUUUCACUCCAGCAUUUGCGUAUAG